AUGGACAGCCUAGAAGAUUUCGAGCAGCAGCUCGCCGCUGAAAAACUCGAGCGUGAAAAAUCAGAACAAGAACGUGAGCGGCACCACCAUCACAAGCAUAGACAUCACCACCGGCGAGAUCGAGACGACGAUAGAGACCGCGAAGAGAGACACAGGCAUCGGCAUCGCGACAGCGAAAGAGACCGAGAUAGAGACAGGGACGGUAAUCGGAAGCGCGAUAGGGAUAGGGAGAGGGAUAGAGGCAGAGACAGAGACGACAAUCGCCGUCGCCGACAUCACAAUGAAUACGACGAGGACGAUGAUGAACGUCGACACAAGAGAAGCCGCCGAUCACGCGACGAGGACGAUGGCGACGAGGAGCGCCGCAGACGGCGUCAUCGAGAGGAUCGACAUCACAAAUCAUCAGACGAAAAGGCUCGCGCGCCUCCUUCAGACCAGGAGAAGUCUUCAAACGAAGAUGCGACCGGCACGUCAAAACCGCUGGAACGAGAUGCUUGGAUGACCGCGCCAUCGGCCUUUGAAGUCGAACAUGUCCACCGCCCAGGGCAAAACAAACCUCGAUCGCCGACCCCAGAGCCACCAAAGCGAGUAAUAUCCAGUCGUGAGAUUAAUAGCGGCUAUCUUGAAGACUUGAAUAGCGGCAAGCUGCCUUCUGCUGCGGAGCAACAGCCAUCUGAGCGAACGGUUGACUAUACAUUCGGCGACUCUGGCUCAUCGUGGCGAAUGACUAAAUUGAAAGCUGUCUACACUACGGCAGAAGACUCGGGCCAGUCUGUUGAAGAAGUUGCUCUAAAGCAGUUCGGCAGCUUAGAGUUCUUCGAUGAUGCGCGCGAAGAGAAGGAAGAGCUGGAGAGGAGGAGAUUAUAUGGUGAUGAUGUCAAGACAAAAGACAAGCCUACGGGCGAAUUCUACCGAGAACGGAGGAAGAGCCAAAGGCGCGAAGAACCAGCCAGGCAAGAAAUCCGCCAAGGCGAAGUCGUGCAAGAGGACCACCCGCAGCCAGUCCCCGUUCCAAUGGACCAGACAGCUCUGAACAGACUCCGUGCUCAAAUGAUGAAGGCAAAGUUGCGCAAGGCACCCAAUGCGGCUCAACUGGAAGAAGAGUACAACCUUGCGGCGGCAGGAGCGGCGCCUCGUCUCAAUGCCCCUGAAGCAGUGGUCCUUGGCGUCAUGGAGAGUCGCCAACUCGCCGGCACACGUGGAGAGGUCAAAACAGUGGAUACCAAGCGCGGACGAGAGCGCGGCCUCGUCGAGGAGAACACAGACAUGACCAUCGAGCAGAUGCUCCAAGAGGAACGUCGAACCAAGGGCCAAGCAGGAGGUGAAGGCCUGCGCCUCGCCGAGAGAAUCGCCAAAGACGCGAAAUUCGACGACGACCUCGAGUACAUGGACGAAAACGCCGAAAAGCUAGCAAAGCGCGUCCACAAGAGCGAGGUCAACCUGAAAAACAUGGCCGUCAGCGAGUUCCAGAAGAUGAACCGCGUCCUCGAAAACUGCCCCCUCUGCCAUAAGGAGGAUAAAGGGCUGCCGCCCAUCGCGCCCGUCAUCUCUCUCGCCACGCGCGUCUUCAUGACUCUGGCCACCGAGCCGGAGAUCAGCGAAGGCGGCGCCGUCAUCGUCCCCACAGCGCAUCGAAACAACCUCCUCGAGUGCGACGACGACGAGUGGGAGGAGAUUCGCAACUUCAUGAAGAGCCUCACGAGGAUGUACCACGACCAGGGCCGAGAAGUCAUCUUUUACGAAAACGCCGCCGCGCCGCAUAAGCACAUGCACGCCGCCAUGAUGGCCAUCCCUAUCCCCUACGACCAAGGCGCCAUGGCACCCGCAUUUUUCAAGGAGGCGUUUCUCUCUUCUGACGAGGAAUGGUCCCAGCAUCGCAAAAUCAUUGACACCGGCGCCAAAGCCAGGGAGGGCAUGGGCCGCUCAGCUUUCCGCCGGUGCAUCGCCAAGGAGAUGCCCUACUUCCACGUCUGGUUCACGCUGGACGGGGGGCUGGGCCACGUUGUUGAGAAUUCGGAUCGCUGGCCGAGGGGAGACCUCUUUGCGAGGGAGAUUAUCGGUGGUAUUGUGGAUGCUGAUGCACACAUCAUUAAGAAGCAAGGGCGGUGGGCGAAGAUUGAUAGCAGGGUCGAUGGAUUCAAGAAGGGGUGGAGAAAGUUUGACUGGACGAGAGUGUUGACUGAUGGGUAA